AUGUCCAACAAAGCAUUGAUAUUCAAAGCCGUACCAAAGGCAUACCCAGUCCCCGGUACAGACCUUGCUGCCGAAAGCGCAGCAUACGAUAAAGACGUCACCACACCCAAAAAUGGCAUUGUUCUCCAGUCGCUCUACGCCAGCUUCGAUCCCUACAUGCGUGGUCGAAUGAGACCAGCAACCACCGGUUCAUAUGUCCCGGCGUACAAGAUCAAUGAGCCGAUUGACUCCUUUGGAAUUGCCAAGGUGAUCCGAUUCGACAGCGACAGCUACAAAGAGGGUGAUAUGGUGAUUGGCCAGAUCCCGAUUCAGGAAUAUAUCGCCCUAGAUGAACGCGCUAUUGCGAACGUCCGCCUAUUGGUGAAUCCUCUAGGUCUUGAUCUGCGUGUUUUUCUGGGUGCGUUGGGAAUGCCUGGGUUGACUGCGUAUUCGUCUCUGUAUAAGAUUGGCAAGCCGAAGAAGGGAGAAACGAUCUUUAUUUCUGCUGCCAGCGGGGCAGUCGGACAGGUUGUUGGGCAGCUCGCGAAACAUGAAGGUCUGACUGUCAUUGGGAGUGUUGGUUCGGAUGAAAAGUUGGACUAUAUUCUCAACGAGCUCGGGUUUGAUGGCGGCUUCAACUACAAGAAAGAGAGUCCCGCAGAUGCUCUGGCUCGCCUCGCCCCUCAAGGACUGGAUAUAUACUAUGAGAACGUCGGCGGUGCGCAUCUCGAAGCCUCCCUGGACACAAUCAAGCCAUUCGGUCGGGUUGUUGUGUGUGGGAUGAUCUCUGAAUAUAACAGUGCUCCAUACCCAAUCAAGAACAUGCACAAUGUCAUCACCAAGCGCCUUGAAAUGAGGGGGUUUAUCGUUGCUGAUCCGGGAUUUGCUGAUGUGUACAUGGAGGAGCACCAGAAGAGGGUGCAAAGCUGGAUUCACGAUGGAACGUUCAAGGCGCUGACGCAUGAGACUGUUGGCAUUGAAAAUGCGGCCGAGGGGUUGGUUGGGAUCUUUUAUGGAAGAAACAUGGGCAAGGCGGUACUUAAGUUUUAA